GCAACCUCAGAAGAACAUUAACUGCUAACAGAGUGACUUGUCACAUAAUAACCUCAGCAACGUAGAUCUGGAAGUAGAUUGCACAAGAGGUGAUAUUUCAAAGGGCAGAGAGCCUUUGCCACCAUCAACUCGUUAAAAAUAGGGGAUAGAAUGGGAAAACUGGCUGCGUAGAAGCUUUUUAAAAAGGCAAAGCUCUGAAAGUAAGGUACGGUACGUGUGUAUAAGUUGUGCAGAAGAAAAUGCUAAACCGGUGGAUUCUCCCAUCUUAGAAGGAGGGCGCAAUCGGCUACUUAAGGGUAUCCUGACCACAGCGGGAACCUCGCUGAAAGAAAUCUAGUCGAGAGUCAUUAAAAGAACAGCAUAUAUCAGAUACAGUUGGCCCUGAUGCAAUGGCAGCCUGGCCAAGCUGUCCCUCUGCUGCCCCCUGGGACCCACAUUCCUCUGCUCCCCCUUAAAAGCCCAGGUGAUGAUCCUACUCUCUUGUUCCUGUUUUUCUGGAGCUUUGGCCGUCCCCUGGUCAGUGUAUUUGUCAAGGCUACAACUCAUAACGGAACUUUCAUAAUACCUCCCUGCCAUUCAAAGUGCUCUCCGCCUGACUUGUCGUCAUGUGGAUCACCCUCCACCCUUCUGCUAAAGGAGGAGCUGAGUCUGUUGCCUUAAAAGGGGGGGAAAGAAAGAGUUCUUUCUUUGCCAUUAACUUUUGCUAAUCAAUUUUGGAGGCAGACACAAAUUCAGCCAUUACAACAUUAGGAAGGAAACCAGGGAAAGUUUGACGUGAAUACAAUGCUUCCCAAGACAGAAGCCGGAGGGAUCGCUCUCCUCAUCUACGUAGGCUGAACAAAGGCAGAACCCAAGGAGAAGAACAGCCAAGAGGCCGGCGCUCUGGGAUCCCUGGAAUUGCGUUGCAGCGGAAACUUGGGAGCUUGUGAAGCGUUGCUGGCUUUGCCAUCCCAACCGCUUUGUCACAGAGCUGAGACUUUCUGGGAGGAAAGCUGCUGACGGAGGAGGAACCUGUAGCCCACAGGUGGGUGUUUGGGGCAGCAUCUGAAAACACUUCAGAAGAAAAGCUCUUCCAAAAUUCGUGGCCCCCCUCUUAUUUUUCACAAGCAUCCCACAAAGCAGCCUCCACAAUGCCUGAGACACUGCCAGUGAGGAUGCAUUUGGACUCCCCCAAUAGCACCACUGACCUUGCCAACUGGACCAAUGGGUCCUUCUGUGCCAGCGAGCAGCAAGUAGUGAUACCCAGUGAACUCUUCCUGAUUCUGGGAGCAACGAGCUUUGUGGAGAACUUGCUGGUGGUGGCCGCCAUCGUCAAAAACCGGAACCUUCAUUCCCCCAUGUAUUAUUUUAUCUGCUGCCUAGCAGUUUCAGACAUGCUAGUGAGCGUCAGCAACCUGGUAGAGACUCUAUUCAUACUCCUCAUAGAACACGGGAUGCUGAUCAUAGAGCCUACUGUAAUCAAGCAGGUCGACAACGUCAUGGACAUGUUGAUCUGCAGCUCCUUGAUGUCUUCUCUCUCCUUCCUGGGCGUCAUCGCCAUGGACCGCUACAUCACCAUCUUCUACGCCUUGCGCUAUCACAGCAUCAUGACCAUCCAGCGGGCUGUGGCCCUUAUGGUGGCCGUCUGGCUGAUCAGCAGCACCUCCAGCGUCCUUUUCAUUGUCUACGACAGCACGGCUGUCAUCCUGUGCCUAGUGGUCUUCUUCCUCUCUGUGCUGACCCUCAUUGCAGGGCUCUACAUCCACAUGUUCAUGCUGGCACACCAGCACGCCAGGCAGAUUUCAACCUUAUACAGCAAACAGCAUGCACCCCAGUUUACCAGCAUGAAGGGGGCCAUUACCCUCACCAUCUUGCUCGGAGUCUUCUUGAUUUGUUGGGGACCCUUCUUCCUCCACCUUAUCCUCAUCCUCAUCUGCCCCGGCCACUCUGCCUGCAAGUGCUACUUCCGUUACUUCAGCCUCUACCUCAUCCUCAUCAUCUGCAAUUCAGUAGUGGACCCCAUCAUCUAUGCUUUCCGAAGCCAGGAACUCAGGAGAACGUUGAAAGAGGUGGUCCUAUGUUUCUGGCGUGGGGGAGGACGCGCGGAAAGCCCGGCCUUUCUGACGCCUCCGGCUGGAAUCGCGCCCGUUAGCAGCGUCCGCCGGGGCAAACGAGGAGAAGGGCGGCUCCCCCAGCCUCGCAGAUCCUCAGGAGCGGCAAGGACCGGGCUUCUGCUCGGAGGGAGGGGGGGAGCGCAGCUCGCAAGGUCCGGCUUCCCCCUCCGGCCCAGCCCAAACGCCGCCUCUCUCGCCCCCCGCGCCGGGGCCAGGGGCCAGGGGGGGCACGCGAGGCUUUGUUCCCCUCCCGCAGGGCAGCCGCGACGCAGACAAAGAAGAGGAGGGAGGCGCUCCCUCCCUCUGCCCCCUCCGGGAAAAGCGGGCGGGGUCGGGCUUCCUGGCCGGGCUUCUUCGGAAUGCUGGCGCCCGAACAAAGGGCGGGAGCCGCCCAGGGUGGGCUGCAGCAGCUCGUUUCUCUGCCCCCGCCUCUCUGGACCUGCCUGCGGAGCUCCGCGCCUCCCCCCGGAAAAGCUGCUCUUCUUAGGACAAAAGCCCCGCGCCCGCUGCCCCCUGGCGCGCCGGCCUGGCCCCGGGGCCGGGCAGUCGUCGGCCGCGAAGAGCCGGAGGGCGGGGCCGCGGGCCAAACGCUGGAGUCCCGCCGCCAGGCAGCCGGCCUGCUCGGGUGCCGUUCCCCAAAAGUGCGUAAUAAAAGCUGAAAGAAAGCGACCCUCCCGGCAGCCCCAGGAUGGGGGCCGCGAGCAGGACCCGGCUUCCCUGGCGAGCCCGGCGUCUUCUGGCGGGGGCGGGGGGCGGCCCACGACGGAGGAAGCCCUCGGCGCGCUCAGGGGAGACAGAGCCUGGCGCGAGCCGCGCUGCGUGACGCGGGGAGGGGGCGAAGCGCCCGAUCCCCGGGGGCCAAACCCGCCGCCUCGCCGCCUGCCUGGUCCUGAUGCUGCAGCCGGUGCAGUAUUUUGCAGCGGCGCCUCCGGAUUGGCCGAGCCGUCCGCGGUGACGUCAGCGCCCAGCCCGGGUGCAGCAGGCGCCCCCGAUAAAACCCGCCGGCAGAGCCCGGCCGCCUCCUCCAAUCGCUCCGCGCCCGCCGCUCCCGCCGCUGCCCGUCGCCCUCCAGCCCUCCGCCGCCGCCGCCGCCGCCGCCGCCCCCCCCCCCGGUGCAGCAUGAGAGAGAUCGUGCACAUCCAGGCGGGCCAGUGCGGCAACCAGAUCGGAGCCAAGUUCUGGGAGGUGAUCAGUGAUGAGCAUGGGAUAGACCCCAGUGGGAACUAUGUCGGGGAUUCUGAUCUGCAGCUGGAAAGGAUCAGUGUGUACUACAAUGAAGCCUCCUCUCACAAAUAUGUCCCCAGAGCCAUCCUGGUGGACCUGGAACCUGGCACCAUGGACAGUGUUCGCUCAGGUGCUUUUGGACACCUCUUCAGACCAGACAACUUCAUCUUUGGUCAAAGUGGUGCAGGGAACAACUGGGCUAAGGGGCACUACACAGAAGGUGCUGAGUUGGUGGAUUCCGUCUUGGACGUGGUGAGAAAGGAAUGUGAAAACUGCGACUGUCUGCAAGGCUUCCAGCUCACUCACUCCCUCGGUGGGGGCACAGGAUCUGGCAUGGGGACCCUCCUUAUUAGCAAAGUCCGUGAAGAAUAUCCAGACCGGAUCAUGAACACUUUCAGCGUGGUGCCUUCCCCCAAAGUAUCUGACACUGUGGUAGAGCCUUACAAUGCCACCUUGUCUAUCCACCAGCUGGUGGAAAACACAGAUGAGACCUACUGUAUCGACAAUGAAGCCCUCUAUGACAUCUGCUUCCGGACCCUCAAGUUGGCCACCCCAACCUAUGGAGACCUCAACCAUCUGGUUUCUGCCACCAUGAGUGGUGUGACCACCUCUCUGAGAUUCCCAGGGCAGCUCAAUGCAGAUCUGCGCAAGCUGGCGGUCAACAUGGUUCCCUUCCCUCGCCUCCACUUCUUCAUGCCCGGCUUUGCUCCCCUGACGGCUCGCGGGAGCCAACAGUACCGAGCCUUGACUGUGCCUGAGCUCACCCAACAGAUGUUUGAUGCCAAGAACAUGAUGGCUGCCUGCGAUCCCCGCCAUGGUCGCUACCUCACUGUGGCCACAGUCUUCAGAGGACGCAUGUCUAUGAAGGAGGUGGACGAGCAGAUGCUUGCGAUCCAGAGCAAGAAUAGCAGUUACUUUGUGGAAUGGAUCCCCAACAACGUCAAGGUGGCUGUAUGUGAUAUCCCGCCCCGUGGCCUGAAGAUGUCCUCUACCUUCAUUGGCAACAGCACUGCCAUCCAGGAGCUCUUCAAGCGCAUCUCAGAGCAGUUCACAGCCAUGUUCCGGCGCAAGGCCUUCCUCCACUGGUACACUGGGGAAGGCAUGGAUGAGAUGGAGUUCACAGAGGCGGAGAGCAACAUGAACGACCUGGUCUCCGAGUACCAGCAGUACCAGGAUGCCACCGCUGAAGAGGAAGGGGAGAUGUAUGAAGAUGACGAGGAAGAAUCUGAAGCCCAGGGUGCCAAGUGAGGGGCUGGCUAGGAGCAACACUCUGCACUCCCUGGGAAGAAGCCACCCUUGACACAACCCCCUGGCUCGUCUUCAUCACCAACUUUCCCAUCUGCUGAGUUUUAGACAACUGGCUUCUAGUUAUUUCUGAUUCAAGCGUUCCAAAACUUAAAAAUUCAGUAUUUGACCAUCUUUUCUUCCUGCUCCCCAAUCUUCAGUUUUAUGAGUUAGUGCAAUUCCUUCUGUUUGUCACUUUGAUAAAUUCAAGGACCCUAUUCUUUACUUUUUACUGGUCUGUGUCUAUUUUUAUGUUUUGGAAUACUUAAUAAAUUUAUUGCUGUCCA